GCCACAGAUCUCUCCCUCUCGUCCCCACUCUACCUUGCUCUCCACACCACCAUGGCGGAGGACGCCCCCAACGCCGCCGCCGAGGGCACCCACCCCACCCCCACCGAGGCCACCGCCGACUCCGCCACCCCUCCCCCACCCGCCGAGAAGGCCUCCGCGGAGGCGCUGCUCCCGUCGCUCAGCAUCUGGCCGCCGUCGCAGCGGACGCGCGACGCCGUCGUGCGCCGGGUCGUGCAGACCCUGGCCGCGCCCAGCGUCCUCUCCCGGCGCUACGGCGCCCUCCCCGAGCCCGAGGCCGAGCGCGCCGCCGCCGCCGUCGAGGCCGAGGCCUUCGCCGCCGCCUCCGACUCCGCCACCGCCUCGCCGGCCUCCCUCGAGGACGGGAUUGAGGUCCUCCAGGCCUACUCCAAGGAGGUCAGCCGCCGCCUCCUCGACCUCGCCAAGGCCCGCGCCGCCGCCGCCGCUCCGGCGCCCACCGCGGAACCGAGCGCGGAAGAGUCCGAGGCCUCGUCGGCGACUGCUCCGGCCCCGGCGGAGGAGUGAGGUGAUGGCCCCCGAGCUUUGAUCCACCGAGAACUGCUGCUAUUUUAGCAUUUCGUUGGAGAUUAUCUUCUAUUGUUAUUAUCACUAGUGUUACUGUACCAGAGAUCCGUUUGUGAUGAGGAAUUGAUGUUUGUUUCAUGAUGAAUCUGGUACCUUGCUUAUAAAUUCAAGCUAUAUCAACCUAUCAGGGGCUAUGCCCAUAAGGUAUGCAUGAAUGUUUCAUCAGGUUAUCUGUACUGUCUGUAGUACAUUGCAACUUCGCAAAGAGAUUGCGCCAAUGGAUAUUUA